UUAUACUCUACCUGUAGUAAUCAGAUGAAAUAAAAUGCUUUUUAACAUCACAUAGAAUUAUUCUCAUCCACUGGGUAUACAGUGGUCCUUGCAUUUGCCCUUCUGGGUGGUGCAAUAUUUUCCUUGUUAAGUAAGCAGAGAUGCACUAUCAGGAAAAGGCUUCUCAGCAGAAAUGCCGUUGGAUGUGUUCCCGUCCAUCUUCGCUCCACAUUUCCUUAUCCAUGUCCACCUUUCACUUUUCCAGAAAAGCCCAUGCCUUGCAGCAAAUGGGCUUCUACUAUGAAGGCCACUAUCUCUACAACUGUAAGUUAACAGAGGGUUCAUCACCAGGAAAACCAGUAUGUAUGAACGCCGGAAAUGCAGAUGGCAGUCUCAGAAACGCUUAUGCUAAAUGGGAAUCCAACUACAAGAUUUCUCUCUAUUGUCUGUGAUAGCCACCCCAUGAUGGAAAUAGUCUGGCUGUAAAACGAUUUUUCAAAAGAAAAAGAAACAACUGUGGGAAGAUUGCAAAGUUCUCUAGACAAACCUUCAAGUGACUCUUUUAAGUAAGGAAACGUUUAUCGAAGGGUCAGAGUGGUUAGGAAAACUACUAUGCCAGGAGCCAGGAUCAGUCUUGCCGGAGCGACCGAGAUUGUCCCAGGAGGUCGGCCAGAGAAUGAUGAAAAAGGAAAUUGUAUGUUUUACAGUCAGAACUCUUAACUGCACAGCAUAGAAAUGAUACAGGAUCAAAGCAGCCCAUGGAAUUGCACACCACUUCCACAACCCCUCUCACACCAGGCCCUGCCACUGAUGGUCUCCCCACAGACCCUUGUGGCUGGAAUCUUCUCACUGAGUGGAAGUCCUCUUGGCUGGGAUGCCAGCAAGUUGGCUCCAACAUAGGGCAAGGUCCCAAGGCUCAACUGUCGCCCUCCAAGGUCCAGGUCCUGGCUAAGAAGAGGGGGUCCCUGCAAGGGCCGGUUACCCUGCCCGGGAGCGGUCAUCCAGCACCCAGUCUGCAUCCUCUCGCCAGUGCUGAGGCCCAGCUGAAGAGGCAGAUCUCAGUGGCCGGCUCCCUCAGGGCCAGGUCCCCAGACCCUGCCCAGCCAUCAUCACUGAGGGAGCCAGGCGCCCAGGACCCCGCCGGCCCUCAGGCUUCUCGGGUAGCCCAGAUGCAGGCUGGGUUGCACGGACUGAGACCCAUGGAGACGGCCACUACCAUCAGGUCACAGAGCUGGGGCUGGGGGAGAGGUUCGCUGCUGCUUCAAGGCCUGGGCCCGGCCCGUGGAUUGCUGUGGCCAGGCCUCCAGAGCCCUGCAGGACACAGCCUCCCGCCUGUCCCCGGGGUCCCCCAGCUCGCCCGCCAACCUGAGGCCAGAGGGCCUGGAGGGCCCCGGGGGGAACCCCGAUCCGCCUCUCACCACACUGUCUGCCAUGAGGACCCCUGCAAGGCUGACAGUUGACAGGGAGGGACCUCCAACUGCUGCACCAGGGUCCCCGCCCCUAUUACGCUUCCACAUUCCUUGGCUCGUCGUCUUCUUACAUCUUUUUUUUUUUUU